AUGGAAUCAAGAUCCAUGAAUGAUCGAUCAGAUUGGAGACUGGAUCGUUCCGUCUUCCUGAAGAUCGACAAGAUCUAUGGUCCAACAGAAUUGGGCCUGUUUACAUCCAGGUUGACCAAUCAGUGCCGUCGCUAUUUCAGCUGGCAGCAUGCAGAUCCACUUGCAGAAGCAACAGAGGCCUUUAUCCAGGAUUGGACAACAGUGAAAGGCUUUGCCAACCCACCUUGGAAUCUGGUACAGAGGGUGCUAACGAAAGCACAAACUCAAGGGUCAAACCAAUGGUGGGAGUUUGUUGUGUUAAGUAACUUUACUGAGAGUGACCGGAUAGAAAAUUUUCGAAUGAGUCGAUGUACCUUUAAUGUGAUAUCUGAUAAACUUAGAUCAAGUAUUGAAAGAAAAUCAACUUGCUUCAGAAAACCUAUUAGUACUGAAAAAUGCCUAGCAGUCACUUUGUGGUUUUUUGCCACUACAGCAGAGUAUCGUACUAUUUCUCAUCUUUUCGGAAUUGCCCAAUCGACUGUUUGUGAGGUUGUAUGGGAAACAUCUUCUGCAAUUGUUCAUCAUUUUCUCUCAACUUACAUUAAAUUUCCUGUUGGUGAUCAAGCAAAGAGUGUUACAGAUGGUUUUCAAAAGAAAUGGAAUGUACCACAAUGCCUUGGAGCCAUUGAUGGUUCACAUAUUCCUGUUAGACCACCAAUAUGCCAUCACACAGAUUACUAUAAUCGCAAAGGAUGGUACUCUAUACUGAUUCAAGUUGUUGUGGAUCACAAUUAUUUGUUCAGGGAUAUCUGUGUUGGUUGGCCAGAGAGUGUACAUGACGCUCGUGUAUAUGCCAACUCUCAGGUAUAUGCAAAAGCAACUUCAGGACAAAUAUUGAAUGGUACAGUCUUAAAUAUUAAUGGAAUUGAUGUACCUGAAUAUAUAAUAGGUGAUUCAGCAUAUCCACUGUCCACAUUUUUAAUGAAACUGUUUGAUCACAAUGUAAGUCUUUCAGAGGAUGUCAAGCACUUCAACUAUCGCAUAUCACAUGCUAGAAUUGUGUCAGAAAAUGCCUUUGGACAUUUGAAAGCUAGAUGGCGACGCCUCAUGAAACAGAAUGAUAUGUUCAUAGAAAGAGUACCAACAAUUAUAGCAGCCUGUUGUAUUCUCCACAACAUAUGUGAAAUUCAUGGAGACUCUUUUAAUGCUGAUUGGUUAGAUGAUAUAAAUAAUUCCUCUUACAGUGUAGAACCUACAGCACUCCCAAGUACUGACAAUGAAACUGAAUCUGACUGCAAAACUAUAAGGGAAGCAUUGAUUUUUUACUUUAAAGAUAAUCCAAUUCAAAAUCAUUAA